CUCCUCUCUUCAUUGUUUUGCAUUGAAUUGCAUUCAUUCCAUCCAUCCAUUGCAUCAUCUCUUCGUUCCUUUCCUACCUUGACCAACUGCUCUUUCUCUCUUUUUCUUUUUCCUUCAACUUUCUCCUUCCUUCUCUUCUUCUCCUCUCCCUCCGCUUUCUCCCUCUUUAUUACCUUCACUAUCAAUUUGUAAACGUCCUUCACUUCCUUAGUACCCUAUCAUGUCCAGACGUGCGAUUCGAGGUGGUUCCAACUCGACUUCACGCCAAGGAAGUCGCGAGAACUCUGAUAAUGAAACAGAACUUGAGCCCUAUUCUACCCCAAUGGCAAAGCGAAAACAUCAUUACAAUCACUCAGACAGCCAAUUCUCUAUAGAACAUAGAAGUAGAAACACUAGUUUAGAGUUACAUAGUAGUAAUAAUAAUAGAAUACACAGCCAUCAGCAUCCUAUUAGUGAAAUAACAAUAGAGCAAAAUCAUUUUCCAUCCAUCACAACCAUAACCACGACAACAGCAACAACAGCAACGAUAGCAGUAACAACAACAACAACAACAACGGCAAUGUCUGCAACCAAAACCACCGCUCUAAGCAACACAAGAUCAUUGUCCACAGAGUCUACAGCAUCUGAUUUAGUGGACCAACUUGCUAUCACAGCGUUAACAAGGGCUUCGAUUGAACCGCACGGUAUUUCUGUUAAUCCUGCUGUUUUGACUGAAGAUGGUCGAGAAUUGCACCAAUAUCAACAUCAACACCAACACCAUGAAAAAGCUCCUUAUUCAAAAUGGAGCACCAUUCUUCACCAGAUCUCCUUUGUUAUCACGGGCAUCGUUUCAACGAUUGCUGUUCAAUGGUUAAACUAUCAGGGAGCAGCCUCUGGUUCGUCCAUGUUGAAUGUCUUCUUCAACUAUUUUGGUAUGAUGAGUGUUGGAUUGGUCUAUUAUCUUCAAGCUUGGUAUGCAGAUAGGAAGCAGCGUAAACUCGCUGGUGGCAACACAAAUGUUGAGUAUGAUGUUUUGACCGCCGAUCUACACGAGAUGACAGAAUCACAAGCUUUUGCCGAUCACUCUGGACUGAAGGAGCACAUUGAACCCAUCAACAAAAAAGCUAACCAUUAUAUCACUGACCAUGACCAGAAGAUGAAUAAGACUGAUGGUUUUGAGAUAUCUAAUGAAUCAGCAACACUUCAAAUCGAAUCGCUGAAUGACUAUAGCGAUGAAGAAGAUGAGGGUGAGGAUGAAGAUGAAGAUGAUGAAAAGCUUGAUAGUACGGACGAAGAGAAGCAACGACUUCAUGCAACAGGUUCACAAAAGAAACAAAAGAAACAAAAGAAAAAGAAAAAUCAAUCUUCCCUUUCGGAAUUUACUUCCUCCGGUGCUGCUGCUGCUGCUACUGAAUCGAAAAUCCAGAACAAAUCUUGGACUCGACUACAUUGGUCCGUGAUCCAAGUCGCGGUAAUGGAUGUGAUCGCCCAUGGUCUGGUGACAGUUGGCUUUUUCUACGUUGGAAGCGGGAUGUACCAAAUCAUUUAUAGUUCCAUUGUGAUUUGGUGUGCGAUCUUGACGCGAAUCUUUUUAAGUAGAAAACUUAACAACAUCCAAUGGUUGGCAAUUGUGGGCGUUACUUUUGGACUGGCCAUCAGUGCUGUGGGUACUGUUCAAGAUGUAUCACCUGAUGGUCCUGUUCAGAGUUGGUUCGAAAAAUCAUUUGGUGCAUUGAUCACACUUGGUGCAACCUUCUUGUCUGCAUGUGUCUAUGUGCUCUCGGAUAAAAUUCUCUCAACUUUCAAGCCCAAACCAAUUCCAGAGAAAGUCUGCACCUUGGUCGGUAGUUAUGCCUCGUUCCUGACAUUUAUUUAUCUGUGCGUCUACACGAUCCCUAACUGGCAAACAGAAGUUGUCGACAUUGUCGAAACCCGUCAUGGAUCUUGGAUCGGGAUCAUUAUAGUCUAUCCAAUCGUCGCUCUCUCCUCCAUGGUCCACUCACUCAAUUACUACGUGCUCAUCGCCAGAAUCAACAACAUUGCUGUUGGAAUCAUGCAGAGUCUCAGAGCUGUCUUGGUCUUUGUGAUGAGCCACUAUUUAUUUUGUGGAGUCUCAGAUACCCAGUGCUUUAACGAGUGGAAGUUCAUCUCUGCAAUUGUCGUCAUUGGAUGCGUUACUUUAUUUAGCAUCAAUAGCCCGUCUUCGAAUCCAUCUGCUUCCGUCGAUACCAUGGACGAAAAAAGCCUCGCCCCAAAAUCAACCGAUCAGAAUAAUACUUCACUACCCCAUCUGUCCUCAGCAAAAAGAAGACAUGGCACCACGAGAUCGUCAUCAUAAUAUGCACUACAUCCUAUUUCACAAUAAAGAACAACACAAGAAUGAAC